UGGUGGUGGCCUCUCCUACCAGAACUAUGGGUGGUGGUGGAGGACAUGUUCCGGUGGUGGAUCUCUCCCGGAAAAGGUCACAGGUGAGUGAGCUCAUCGUUAAAGCUUGUCAAGAAUAUGGGUUCUUUAAGGUGGUGAAUCAUGGUGUGCCAAAUGACAUCAUUGCUAGAAUGGAGAAAGAAGGUCUUGACUUCUUCCGUAGACCAGCAACUGAGAAGGAGAUAGCAGCUGGACCUGCUAAACCUUUUGGUUAUGGAAGCAAGAACAUUGGCUUUAAUGGUGAUGUGGGUGAAGUUGAGUAUCUCCUUCUCCAUACCAACCCUCUCUCUGUUUCUCAAGCUUCUGAAGCUAUUUCCAAUGACCCCUCCAAUUUCAGUUCUGUGGUGAAUGAUUACAUAGAUGCAGUUAGAGAACUUGCAUGUGAGAUAUUGGAUCUAAUGGCAGAGGGGUUGAGGGUCCCAGACAAGUCAGUCUUAAGCAGGCUCAUCAGAGACGUUGAUAGUGACUCCCUUAUCAGGCUCAAUCACUAUCCAUCAUCAUCAUCAGCUAGGGAUAUCAAGGAACACCGUGUCCGGGUCGGGUUUGGUGAACACUCCGACCCACAGAUACUUACGUUACUGAAAUCCAAUGAAGUUGGUGGCCUUCAAAUCUCAUUAGAAGAUGGUGUAUGGGUCCCUGUCCCACCUGACCCUUCUUCUUUCUGCGUCAACGUGGGCGAUCUUUUGCAGGUGUUAACGAAUGGGAGGUUCGUGAGUGUAAGGCACAGGGCCAUGACGAGUAGCAGCACAAGGAAGUCAAGGAUGUCAAUGGUGUACUUUGGGACACCAUCACUACACGCAUGGAUCUCUCCUCUUCCGGAGACAAUCACAGCAGAGACGCCUAGCCUCUACAGACCCUUCACUUGGGCUGAGUUCAAGAAGGCUGCUUAUUCACUACGCCUAGGAGACUCUCGUGUUGAUCUCUUUAGGACCCAUAACCCUCACUAUGACUUGCCUGCAUCUUUGUCUCCUCCACAAUAACCCAAAACCCAAUACCUCAUUUUCAAUCUCUCUUCUUCUUCUUGCUGUACAUACAAUGG